ACGAAGGGGCGUAGCGUUUCUGACUAUUGAAACGCAACGGACGCUCAACUCACUGAUUGGAGGAAACGGAAUGUCGUAAGCGGAAGAAGGCUUUGUGUCCCUGCUGUCAGAGCGGGAAAUCUACCUCGCAUGUCAACAGUGAACUGCAGGAGUGCAAAACUAUUUUAUAUAGCUACCUACAUGUUAUUGGUUCGGUGUAAGUGAAGAAACUUUAGAAACAUGCAGGCGUUUUUGAAAGGAACAUCUUCCCAAAGCACCAGACCUUUGAAAGAGAAAGGUGGUGGGACCAGUGGGGAGAAGAAGCAGAAGUCUGUUCCCUGGGUUGAAAAAUACAGACCAAAAUGUAUGGAAGAGGUGGCUUAUCAAGAAGAGGUUGUUGCUGUGCUUAAGAGGACUAUAGAGGGCGCUGAUCUCCCCAAUCUGUUGUUCUAUGGACCACCUGGAACAGGAAAGACCUCCACCAUCCUGGCUGCUGCAAGGGAACUUUAUGGACCUGAGCUGUACCGUCAGAGAGUGCUGGAGCUGAAUGCCUCUGAUGAGAGAGGGAUUCAGGUGGUGAGGGAGAAGGUCAAGAGAUUUGCUCAGCUGACUGUAGCAGGACACCGCACAGAUGGGAAACCAUGUCCGCCCUUUAAGAUCAUCAUCCUGGAUGAGGCUGAUUCUAUGACCAAUGCUGCUCAGGCUGCUCUGAGACGCACCAUGGAGAAGGAAUCCAGGACCACCCGCUUCUGUCUCAUCUGCAACUAUGUCAGCCGGAUUAUAGAACCCUUGACAUCCAGAUGCUCCAAAUUCCGCUUCAAACCACUAGCCAAUCAGGUCCAAGAAGAGCGCCUCCUGGAUAUUUGUACCAAGGAGAAUUUGAAAUACUCAAAAGAGGCAAUUGCAGCGUUGGUUAAGGUUUCAGAGGGAGAUCUGCGAAAAGCCAUAACCUUUCUUCAAAGUGCAGCGCGGCUGAACACGGACAAUGACAUCACUGAGAGUGAUGUAAUUGAGAUUGCAGGGGUAGUUCCCCCAAAGAUGAUUGACAAUUUGCUGAAAAUCUGUUACAAGGGCACAUUUGAAAAACUUGAGAUUUCUGUUCGGAACAUGGUAGAUGAGGGCUAUGCCGCAACACAGAUCAUCAACCAGCUACACGAAGCUGUCAUAGAGGAGGAGCUGAAUGACAAGCAGAAGUCUGCCAUAACAGAAAAGAUGGCAGAGGUCGACAAGUGUUUAGUGGACGGUGCCGAUGAGUACCUGCAGAUGCUAAGCCUGUGUUCAGUGAUAAUGCAGCAAGCCAGCCAGCCUAACUGACCACACAUCCGUAUUCACCAUUGACUGUUCCUUUUCAUAGAUAUCUUGACCAAUUGCUUUAUCCAAUUCAUUUUUGUAUGUUUCAAGUGGAUAGUAAAAUGUUCAUUGUUUUCUGUAAAAACUGUGCUAGUCAUUCCGUGCAAUUCAAGGGUCCGUUUUCUGGGAAAAUUACUCAUUUAGAAUCUCUGGACUAUCAGUCAGGAAACAAGAAUGAAGCCAUG